AACUUGAACUUACAGAACAGUGUCAGUCACAUCAGUGCAAUCGAUGGACCAUCAUGGAAACAAGUUCAAACCUAAUCAUUAGGAAGAGAAAAAGCGCUGCCAGCGGAUGUGAGGGAGAUGGUUGAGAGGCACGAGAAAGAGGGGACAACGGAUAGCCCUGAAUAUAAACAAAUGGUAGGGAUCUUCUUUGAAAAGCAUGUUUGCAAGAGCCCCUGGCCAAAGGUGAUGGAGACGUCCUUUGUGGCCAUGAUGCAACAUCCCACCGUGUAUCACACGAUAGUUCACGAUUACGGGAACACUGAAGUCAUGGUCGUGUCUGGAUCAAAUUCACACAAUCACGACUCCUACUCUGCUCACCAACGGUGUGAUGGACGAAGCGCAGGAAGCCUGCGUGAGGCAUUCUUCCAGAGAAUCCCGCAUGUGAAGUGGGUGCAGUUUUCGCAGCGUCACAUGCCGUUCUUGGAGAAGGAGGAGGACCAGACGAGAUACUCUCAAGUGGUGACUGAUUUUUUGACAUGUGCUUGAAUAAGUUAAAUCCUGUAAAAUAUAAGACUGAAUGCAAGAGAAUGGAAUGUCCAGUGAUUUGCACCUUCCACGGGUUCAGGGAAGGAUCUCUAGGCAUUAUCAUUGCCAGGAUACACGAUGAGAGGGCGGCUGUCUGCUAUAUGUUAAGAGAGAUUGGAGAUACUAAAUCAAAUGAACAAACUGGAAUAUCUGAUUGAGAUGGAAAUCCGGAUGUACAUUCACU